AUGACGGCUGAAGGCGCAGACGGUGCGCUGAGGGGCCCGCGGCCACCUCUAGGGGAGGCCCAAGAAGAUAGCAGUAUGGCAGCCAAAGUGCUGCUCAGGCAGACAGAAUACACGGUGGAACUUGCGUGGCGGUCCGAUCCUCGCAGCUCACAGCACUUGAUGCGUAUUUCUGUCUCCCCAGAAGCCACACAAGGGGCUCCAGCGCAGAGGUGGGAAGGAGAGUACACAGAGGCCUUCCUGCAGCGCCUCACAGCCCGUACGGGGUCGCCCAUUUCUCCCCAAGCUCUCUGGGAGCUGCUACGGGGAGCCGUGCAUGCAGCAGCGGAAGAUGCAAACUCAGCAGUAGCAGGAACAAGACAUGUGUCGGAUCAUGCAGCAGCAGCAGGAGCUUAUCUCAAUCUAUGGAGUGCAGCAGACCUCGAGGCCCUCAAGCGCAGAGCCGAAGGGCAGGAACCCCUCGAAGAGCCUCACAAGGUGGGCCCAGCAGACCCCAAGUUGUUCUUCAUAGUGACGCGCGCUGUCGAGGGCAAGAAGGUGCACUAUCCUCUCGCACUCACUAACAAAGCAGCAGCAUCACCCCCUCCAGCCCCAGCAGCUGCAGCAGCAGCUCCUCCUACUGCCUCGCCGGCGCACAUUCCUGACACUUCCAGAAGCUACACCCGACAUGCUGCCUCCAUAGGAGCCUCGCAGCAGCAGCAGCAGCAGCAGCAGCAGCCAACACCCCGUUCCCCCCUUUCCAUAGGCAUCCCAUGCCGUAGCUAUGGGGCGGCGCUGCAGCAACGGGGGGAUACAAAGCGGCAGUUGAAUCAGCAGCAGCAGCAGCACGUGCUGGCAGCCUCAGCAGCUGCAGCGAGCGACAAGCCCCUGGGGACCCCUGCAAUGGGCUCCCCGAUAGCUGUAGGGAGGAUCCGUCAGCAGCAGCAGCAGCAGUUCCCCUGCGAGGACCAACCAAGUCCUGUGCAACCUCACUACAUUAAGGGUCAGGCUGCAGCAGCAAGCGAAGCUGCUGCAGCAUUGACAGCAGGAGCAACAGCUGCAGCACCAGCAGCAGCACGCGGCCUCCCUGUGGAAGCUGAAGAUGCAGCAACAGAGCUGGCCUGCCUCAGGGCCCUCGUCGCAGAACAGCAGGCAGCCCUGGCGGAGGCGAGAAGGCAAAACGAGCUGCAGGCGCCUUCCUUUCGAGACGCCUACGCAGACUCCCAAGGGCUCACAGCGCAGCUGCACAGAGUGGAGAGUGAGCUAUUCAUGGCGAGACAGAGGCUGCAGGCAGAGAGGCAACUGCGGGCGAAGGAGAUGCACAGAUUUAGAACUGAAAUCGAUAAGAUGAGGAGGGUGGAAACUGCACUCAAGUUGAGAGUUCGAGAAUUAGAGGCUCAACUGCGUUCAAACAGCUGCCGCCUUCGAAGGUCGGCGGCUUCCUCUGGUGCUCUCUCUCCCGCUUUGCGUUCUGCGUCUUCUCGCUGUUCCUCCUACGACGCCGUCGCCGCCGAGAGGGGCAGCCGUCUUGCGGGGAAACCACUUAAAGAGCCAAUUCGGGGAAGGCCUACGGCCCCUGUGCCGUGUGGAAGAGCAGCGGGGCCACCGCUGUAUUCCCAGGCCCCCACUGACAGGCACGGGGGCCUUCAGCGAGCCCCGUCAGCCUCUCCCACGCGCAGCCGGCCCCUGCCUUCGCGCCAGGGGGCCCUUAGAAGGGGACGCUCAUACUCUCCGUACCUCGUCUGCCACUCCCCGCGCCUCGUCUCGGGCACGGCAGCGGUCGAUUUCUGUCGGCUCAGCAUGCAGCAGCAAUCAGAGCAGCUUCUGCAGCAGGCACAGCCCGCGCUUCCCCACGAAUUUCGGCUGCGCCGCCAGUGCUGCCACAGAUCGUUGGCAAGGGACACAGCAAAGUGCUCGCUGCAUAGUACAACGGGCCCGCCCCCGCCGGCCGAAGGAACUCUUCCAAGGUAUGGCAGCAGCUGCCACAUGCGAAGCCUUGUUGGGCAAGACACAGCCCGCAGCUUGGUUUCCCCAGGCGCCCCGGGGUCCGUAAGACCAACAGCUGCAUGCAUGAGACACAGAAGUCCGUUUGCAGCUGAGGCGAAGUGUGACGAAGAUGCAUUGCUGCCGCCUUUUGGCUCUCAGCAUUGCCAACAAAUGCCAGACCGCACCCAGCAUAUUGCACAGCAGCAGCAGCAGCAGCAACAGCAGCAGCCAUUCGUCGUGUUAUCAGCAGUGGAGUAUGAGCGGCUAAAGCGCCAGGGAUCAGCCGAGAAUCUGAAGGAAAAGUUGGUGAGUCAGGCAAGUGCAUGUUUGUCUUCCGCCUCUUCUGCAUGCGGAGAUAGCCUGCGGCCGCUGGAACGGCCCGAGCCCCCUCCUGUUCCUGGGGAUAUUGAAAGCAGCACAACUAGCUCCAGAAGAGCCUUCUGUAGCAAGGCAGUAGAUAACAGCCUUCGUAUAAACCCUGAGGACCCCGGCGGGCCCCUUGAGGAGAAUUCCGCGUUGACAGCCGCGAGUUCAAACGACGCGACAUCAGCGGAAAUGCCGCAAGUGGCCGAUGAGCCAUCUCUUCCGUCCUUGCUGCGGCUUCCCUUAAGUAAACAAGCGGCCAACACUGGCCUGUUUGCACACCACAUGCUUUCUUCUGCUGAAGCUGCUGCUGAAGCAACGGCCACAAGCACGAACCACAAGGGGUCUAUUUCGCAGCCUAGCACAAGGCCCACUGUCACUGAAAAGGGAGGCACGCCCGCAACUGUGUCAGCAGGCCGCGCUGUGUUCUCUGAAAUUGACGAACGGCUUACAGCGCUGCAGCGCUUUUUACGUUCUACCCGCGAGAGUUUUCGCCUCAUGGAGACGAGCACUCUCGGACCCUGA